AUGGCGCUAACUGGUUCAAAGGCAGAAUCAUGGGAAAGAAACUCUGCUGCAACAGGCCUGGAGGAAGCAAAAGACCUCAGAGAUGGCGACUAUGAAGACCCAGAACUUCGUAUGGAAGAGGCAUGGCGAACAAUAAAAAUUUUACCAGCCAGGCCUAUAAAGGAAUCUGAAUAUGCAGAUACGCGCUAUUUCAAGGAUAUGAUGGACACUCCCUUUUCCUUGGACGCCCAGCCCUCCGUCCCCACGGAGGGCCAACACUGGCACACACGGAUGGGGCUGGAAGAAGUGAACAAGCAAAUUUCCAAGGAUUCCAGAAGCCAACACAUUAAAGGAGACAGACCCGCAAAGGAAAGCAAGACUCCUUUCCCACCUCCUCGGCCACCUGGCAUUCUUCCGAAGAAGUACCAGCCCCUGCCGCCCCAGCCGGAGAGCAGCUGGUCACCCCUCCCUCAGAGGCUCGCCUUUCCCGACGUCCAGAGAGAACCCAGACAGAUAAGCUUAAAGGACUUACAUGAGGUCCUCGGAACAGAGAGAGUCCCUCAUUGCCAGAUGAAGCCUGAAUCGAUUCACCUGUCACAAAAUCAAAGUACUCAAGAGACUCCUCUUGCCAUCACCAGCUCACCACUCGUGAUGAAAAACCAAAGUGCACAAAACAGAGAUCAUAAACACAGCACCCAGUUCCAUCCUCCCCAGAGAUGUCAGUCUCCAGCCCGCUAUGGCCCUCAGGAAACUUUGCCGCACUGUAAAAACACAGGCUCGAGAAAACCUUUCCCCACAAGUUCUGAUGAAAAGGAUGUCCCGCAAAACAACUGGUACGUUGGAGAGCACAGUCGCCAGGCAGCGGAAGAGGCAUUAAGGAGGGAAAACAAGGAUGGCACUUUCUUGGUCCGAGACUGUUCCACGAAAUCCAGGGCAGAACCCUACGUUUUGGUGGUGUUUUAUGGGAACAGAGUCUACAACGUGAAAAUCCGUUUCCUGGAGAAGAAUCAGCAGUUUGCCCUGGGGACAGGACUCAGGGGAGACGAGAAAUUUAAUUCGGUGGAAGACAUGAUCGAACACUACAAGUAUUUUCCCAUCGUACUAAUUGACGGGAAAGAUAAAACUGGAAUCCGCAGGGUGCAAUGCUACCUAACACAGCCGCUCUCCUUCAGCAGAUGCUUCUCGCCGUGGUAG